UUGCGCGGUACAUAAGGGUGAGGGGCGGUGCGUCGACCCGUCCAUGUCGGUGGACGAGCAGUAGGUGUUGUGUUAUACUUGGAGCGGGACUAUACCGUUCUGGCGCGGCUAAGCGCCGUCCAUUUUCUUUCCUCUUCUUAUUUCUGUUCUUUCCUCAUCUUCUGUUGCGUGCCCUCUGCGUUUUGCUUCUCUUCUCAGCUUUCCCCCUAAUUCUUCCUCCCAUUUUCUACUCGACUGACGCUUCGUAAUGACCUCCCGACACCCAUCGAAUUACGACACAGAGCUGCCGCCCUACUCGCGCAGGCGCCCGAGGACGGCAGUCCCUUCUACAUCUCAUCAUCAGUCGCACACUCGCGGACUGUCCGACCCACGUCUGCCCACAUCUAAUGGACGUCUACCUACAUCCGCUGGGCGUCUGGCUACAUCUUCUGGACGCGCAUCCACUGAACACACGUUUGCCCUCGACGACGGUUCGGCCGUCCUACGGCUAUGGAGCAGUGCCAGGUCGACGCGGUCACAUCCGACCUUUCACGAAAAGGACAACAUCGUGGGCGCCCUUGAAGUGCGCGCGGGAAGGUUGGACGGCGUGCAUGAGAUUAUAGCGACAGUAACAGGCCGCGUCAUCUCAGGCUCCCGACCAGAGGAUGCCUUCACCUUCCUGGACGAGCGUCAGUCCUUGUACUCUCGCCCACCGGGCCCUUCGCGCCGCAUGUCAGUCGCGAACAUCGUGCGUCCUUCCACGUCGGGUGCAGGGCGCAGUGGGCGUAGUCUGCGGCCUUUGACGUCGGCAGGUGCUGGCCCAUCAGUGGCGAGCAUGGCUGAGUCGGAAAUGACCACUCUUCUCAAUCAGCCCACUGGCAAUGUCCGCACAUUCCCGAUCGACAUCUCGCUACCCCGUGAAGUCGUCGUCGGUGGUCAGCACGUGAAGCUACCAGAGACCUUCGUGGAGAAGCGCACACCUGUCAGUGUGCAGUACGAACUCACGAUCACGCUCUCGCGCGGAGCGUUGCGUUCGGUGCAGCAAAUCCGCACAUCCAUCGUCUACGUCCCCAUUACUCGCCCAGGCCCACCUUCCCUCGUACGCGAGCUAGCAGAGGAGCAGGGGCUCCUCGUGCCGGGACCAGCGGACGACCCUGGCGGUUGGAUCUCCUGUGCACCGACGAUCGUGAAGGGCAAGGUGUUCAAGUCACGGAAGGUGCAAAUCCAGUGUACACUAUCUCUCGCGAAGCCACUCGCCUACACGCGUGGCAGCGCUCUGCCUGUGGCCGUAGAAUUUCGGUCGGGCGAUGCGCAAGCCCUGGACCUACUUGCCGCGCCUGGUGCCAUACCCCUACGGCUUCGUCGCCACGUCCGCUACUGGGCGCCCCCUGCCUCACGUCCGAGGGAGGUCGCGUGGAGCGAGGUAGUGGAUGAUCUCGCGACGGCAACGUGGUGGCAUGAGGUUGGACCUGCGCCCUCUGGUACGCGAAGACUUGCUGGAGAGAUCCUGCUGCCUCGCGAUCUUGCACCGACAGGCGGCGUACAUACCUUCAGCGUCAAGUACUCCGUCGUCCUACUCCCUUUCGAGGCCACGGGCUUCGUCGCAAAGCGUCCCGAUACCAUCGCAGUCUCUGAGACCGUAGAAAUAACGACCAAGCACCCGCGCGGGCACGGGGCACGUCAGCAGCAGCAACCGCCCGCUUACGAAUGAACGAUUCGCCGCUCCGGUAGCGGUUGUUACGAUCUGGACGCCGCUGGUACGGUUAUGCAUGCUUCGUUUCGUUCUGUUUGUUUUGUUCUGUUCUAUCCUGUUCUCAGUGUAAUAGUAGGGUCCCCUGUAUCAUUAGAUGGUGACUUCUUGGAUGUCAUGCUGCUCAAGUGAACGAGCACAACGCCAUCCGGGUCAAAGCUCUGCAAGUCGCCGUACACGCUUCCGUCAAGCCCGAGGAUUUCAUGCAAAGUCCUGUGCCCAUCGAGUACAAAUACAUAUGUCGAACCUCCGGACCUAUAUGACUUACAUUUGAGUGGUCAA